AUGGCACCGGAGGCGUUCGAUGCCGUGGUAGUAGGAGGCUCGAUCGCGGGCCUCAUGCACGGCAUCGUGCUGAAAAACCUCGGGCGCAACGUGCGCGUUCUCGAAAGCCGCCAACCUCGUCAACUCAAGGCCCAAGCAGCGGGGUUGAGUCUUGGCCCAGAGGCGCAAAAGCUGGUGCAGAUGUACCUGCCUGAAGGGGAUCCGUACGCCUGCGAAACUCGCAUCACGCAAAUACUCAGCAGUGAAGGGAUUGUCUUGAAUGAGAUCCCGCCGGCCAUUUCAGUCAUCACGUCGAGUUGGAGCGUCGUGUUUGACAGACUGAGGGCGAGGUUCGAAGAGCCUGAGGAGGGCAAAGGAAAGACCUCUUUCGAAACGGGGCAAAGAGUUACAAGCGUCGAAGACAAGGGCGACUUUAUCCUCGUGCGUAUCCAAGGCGAGUAUGGAGGCGACGAGAAGACCAUACAGUCGAAGCUCGUGAUAGCAGCUGAUGGAGCGCGUUCCACUAUUCGAAGCCAAGUUAUGGCCGAUGUCAAGCCUGAAUAUUCUGGAUAUCUCGCCUGGCGAGGCUGCGUCCCAGAAGCUAAGACGCCUGAGGCAAUGAAAGGUGCUCUGGAUGGUAAAAUGAUUAUGGCAAUGCUCAAAGGCGGCUGCAUCAUUUCGUACUUAACGCCCGGUCUCGAUGGAAGCACUGCCCCCGGAGAGCGCCUUCUCGACUGGUGCUGGUAUGAAUAUUGCGAUGGCGAAUCCCCUGCGUUUGGCGAGAUAAUGACCGAUGCGGCCGGGCAUCGACAUAAUCAGACCGUCCCGCGCGGGGGUCUCAGCGAGAAAGUUUGGGAACGACAAUUAGCUCAUGCUGGAGAGGUUCUGCCCGCACAUUGGAUGGAGAUUGUGAGGGAAGCCGAUCUCCCCCUCGUCACAGCGAUCCGCGGAUUUGAGGGAUCGAAGGCAUCCUUCUGGGGAGGGAAGUUAUUACUGGCUGGUGAGGCUUUCACUCAAAUGCGGCCCCAUUUGGGCCUGGGAUGUAAUCUUCCUGCACUCCAAGCUUUGACCCUCCUGGAGGUGUGGAAGGGGGAAAAGGCUCUUGGCGACUGGGAGAAUGAAGUGGUUGAGUACGCGAAGGAGUUUGCGCUCCGCAGCAAAGCCGCAGGACACUUUGGGAUGACUGGUAAAUGGCCGGAAGGGUAUGUUCCGCCCUAUCUGCGGAAGGCAGCUUCGAAAGCUUAGCGGUAGUCCCUGGGCCAUGCGCAGUUGAGCGGGCAAACCAGAGAGGAGGGGCACCACAUGGACCUCGACAAAAUGGCGCCCAUGCCGGCCAGUGAGAUUGUAGCCAUGCUAUCAUCUUCCUAUCUCAUCCAUCAGGAUCUAUGC